ACCUAGCUUAGCUCGCCGAAGGAUGCUUGACGGGAGUCGCUUCAGCACAUAGCAUUUGCAUCCGAGGCAACACUUUGCUCACCGUGUUCGUCUUGAGGAUCCCUUGUUACUGACUUCCCUUUCCCCUACAAUAUUCCUCUCGAUGACGAUGACGGCGGCCCACAUCGCUCUUUGCAUUGUGGGGCUCGCUAUCCUCACUUGUGUCUCCGGUACCCCAGCGGCACUUCUGUGGACCAUCAUAUCAUCCCCAAACCACCGUCCCGCUCUGCGGGGUUACCUCAUUUUUGCUAUUUUAUUCAUGCUACUGCAUGUGGUACAAAUUGUUAGUGGGGAGCUUCUCAUAACCAAACAUCUCUGGACCUACAAUUCGGUCAACGAAAUGGCUGCAACGACACUCCGAAGUUGCACUCUGUUAGCCUCUGCUCCAACAAUCAGCGGAUUUCACUUAUUCCUAAGCUUCAGAGCCUUACGGUCAAUCUGUACAUGCUUCAGCUGCCGCCGAUUGACGCACCCAGUUGUCUUAUUUUGUUUGGUGGUCACAAUUUUUCUCUGUGCAGCUGAGUCCGCACUGUCUAUUUAUGGAGUAAUUUUAGCGGAGCAAGGGCCGUAAGUUCUUGCUGCUUUACUCAUCGUGACGACCUCAUACUACAGUUUCUGUUCCCCCCGUCAGUUCACACGAUCAACGACGAAACCGUAUAAUGGCGACGGCCAUGUUCACAGGCACCGUCUGCCUGCUCAUGAAUUUCGCCAUCACUUUCUUCCUUCUCUGGCAUGUAGAACAACGGCGAAUUCUUAGCAGAGGGCUGCGACAACCAUCUUCUGAUGAUAUGUUCAAGCAAACAUUAUUCAAAUGGAGGCAGCGUUGUAUUCUUGCUUUCCUCUUCGUUCUCCCUGUACAACUCCCAAGAGGAUUUCUCCUCCUCUUUUGGCCCAAUCCACUUGUCAUGGAUUUGAUGUCGGUUUUGUCCGGACCGG